ACUUUUAUGCUAUAUAAUGAACAAUAAUUUGCUCAUUUUGAAAAGAUAAACUGUUUGAUGCGAAACUUAUUAUUUUUCAACAGGGGUGCCGCCGCGACUUUAAAAAAGGUUGAAAAACGAUGGACUUUAUACAGCGACGGCUAAAUCUAUAGAUCUGUAUACCACACACAACAGCAGAAACAGUCUGCUGAGCGAUGGAUAACUGCAAAAAUGUUCCAAAGUAAAGGCCAAAGGGCAUAGCUGAAUGGUGAUCCGGACAACCAUUAUCGUGUGCGCUUACAACCAGGGAAACAACAGCAAGCUGGAAAUCAUGGCCUCCAACAAGAGGAUUUGUUUGGACGACUUUGAGAAAGAAGCAAAGGAAUGCCUCGACCCAAUGAUGUGGAAUUUCUACCGGGGCGGGGCGGAUGAGGAGGUCACUCUCCGAGACAGUCACGCUGCAUAUUUGAGGUACCGUCUGAGGCCAAAGGUCUUACGUGACGUCUCCAAGAGAGACCUUUCGACCACCAUCUUAGGUCACAGGGUCUCCUUCCCUUGCGGCAUCUCACCCACCGCCUUCCACAAGGGAGCGCAUCCAGAUGGAGAAAUCGCUACGGCGAGAGCUGCUGCAGCCACUGGUGUGUUCAUGUCUUUAAGCUGUGGAGCAAACGUUAUGAUCGAAGACAUAGCCGACUCUGCCCCGGGAGGACUGCGGAUGAUGCAGACAUACAUCUACAAGAAUCCGAAAAUCACAGAACUUUUCUUGAGGCGGGCCGAGAAAGCUGGCUUCAAAGCUUUGUUAGUAACCGUCGACUUCGCUACCUACGGGUAUCGCAGAAACGAAAAGGAAUUUGAUCUGUAUGAAGCAGUGCGAAAAAAUCCUGCUUAUCAUCCACUAAAAUGUGUUAACAUGGAGAUGAUGAAGGAAGGUGCCGAUCAAGCCAGAGCUGCCGGGGACACGCUCCUCUGGUGCUACAAUGAUACCAGCGAUGAUGCAGCUACUUGGGACAACAUCAGAUGGCUCAAAAUAUCCUCCAUCCCCAUCGUCGUCAAAGGGAUAUUAACAGGUGAGAUGGCUCGGGAGGCUGUCGGGGCUGGUGUAGAUGGUAUCAUGGUAUCAGCACAUGGCGGACGACAACUCGACACAGCCAUUGCACCGUUGGAUGCACUCCCCGAGGUAGUAGAAGCAGUACGAGACACCAAUAUCGAGGUCUAUGUAGAUGGAGGUGUACGGACUGGUACGGACAUCAUCAAAGCACUCGCCCUGGGCGCUCGGGCAGCAUUCAUCGGUCGGCCCGCUAUCUAUGGCAUAGCGUGCGGGGGUGAAGAAGGGCUCACAGAUCUCCUGGACAUUUUGAAGGAUGAGUUUAGCAGAGCUAUGGCUUUAUCAGGAUGUGCGAAGGUAGAAGACAUCGAUAGAUCACUGGUGAACCAUCGAUGCUCGUGUUGUGAUUCAAAGCUUUAGAAAUAAUGAAUUAAUUAUUUACAUUUUGAUUCAUGCUUUUCAUGUUGUCAUUCACUCUAUGUAUGUUAUCUGCUUUGCUUACCUCAGCAGUUAAUAUAUAUCGGGCAAGCUUUUGUGUAAUUGAUAGCCAACUAUGUUGGAGAAUUAUAUGCAUCAACUUGCAUGUACUAGCGCCCAAUAAUAUGGUGCUAAUCGUGUAAAGAAGAGAGAAAGAUAGAGAGAG